CCAAGUUACCGGCAAAACGAACCCACCACCACGGCGACCCGCCUCGCUUCCGCAAGUCCGCACCCGCGCGCGCGCGCGACCCCCGUGUACCUUAGAACCAACCGUACCCGCCCGCCUCGGCGCAGCCGCGCGCGUCAUGGCGCCGUUCCAGCUGCGCUUCGGGCUCCGGAUGUCCCCCGCGCGCUCCUACGACGAGGACGACGACGAGGAGGACGAGGACGAGGAAGGGUUCGAGUACGAGGAGAUGCUGAGCGAGGGGACGGACUCGCCGCCGCUGAUGAUGCAGGCGGAGAAAGGAGGGGGAGGGCUGGUGGGGGCGGUGGUGGGGGCGCUGCGGAGGUCGCUGGUGAUGUGCAGCGCCGGGAAGGUCGGGGACGGGGAGGACAGCGAGGACGACGACGAGGAGGAGGGGAUGGAGAUUGGGCGGCCCACGGACGUGCGUCACGUCUCCCACGUCACCUUCGACCGCUUCGGCGGCUUCCACGGCCUCCCCGCCGACCUCGAGCCCGACGUGCCCCGCCCCACGCCCAGCGCCAGUGUGAAUGUAUUUGGUGUUUCGCCAACUUCUUUGCAAUCUGCAUUUGAUCAUAGAGGAAAUAGUGUGCCCACAAUACUGUUGAUGAUGCAGAGGAAGUUGUAUGAACGAGAGGGACUUAAGAUUGAAGGGAUCUUCAGAAUUAACCCAGAGAAUAGCCAGGAACUCUGUGUCAGGGAGCAACUAAACAGUGGUGUGGUUCCAGAUGAAGUUGACUUGCACUGCCUUGCAGGGUUGAUAAAGGCAUGGUUUCGGGAACUCCCAACUGGCGUAUUGGACACACUGACACCAGAACAAGUAAUGCACUGCAACACAGAAGAAGAGUGUGCUCUCCUUGCAUCCAUGCUACCACCAGUAGAAGCAGCAUUACUCGAUUGGGCUAUCAAUCUGAUGGCUGAUGUCGUGGAGCAGGAAAACUACAAUAAGAUGAAUGCUAGAAACAUCGCUAUGGUCUUUGCACCAAACAUGACUCAGAUGGCCGAUCCGUUAACAGCGCUGAUACAUGCAGUUCAGGUCAUGAAUUUCCUCAAGACAUUAAUCGUGAAAACUUUGAAGGAAAGAGAGGCAGCUGGAACACCUAAGACAUCAGAACCAUGCUCUGGUUCUCCAAACAGCCAAGAUAAACCUCCGACGCCAAAGAAUUUGGAGAAACCCAUCAUUUGUUCAAACCAGAAAGGCCUCGAUCAACCUAUAUUUGAUAUGGCUACUUGUGAUCAGCUCCUGUUUGGAACUAAGCAAAUGCUUGAUUACCGCGAGAAUAGCAAAUCUGAAGGACCAGAGAAGCACGACAUAGACCAACCGAAGCGCCAUAGUGAAGCUUCUCCUCUUGGUAAUGAUUUGAAUAACCAAGUCGGCAGUCGUGGAAAAGAAUUUGACAACAGAAAUGUGGAAGGCAUGUUCGACAAAUUCAGUUUUAGGAAAGGUGUCGAGAGGCUUUGCAGGCACCCUGUGUUCCAAUUGAGUAGGUCCAUGAAGAAGUCUACAGACGUUGUGGUCUUUGAUGCUCCUGGAGAAGCAAGACAAGCUUGGGGUUUGAUAUGAAAAUGAUUGUAUAUGUGGAUGUAAUGCAAUCUUUUUCCUUCUUGUUUGUGUGAGUAGAAGCGGUUAGCCUGUUAGAUUGUAGAUGUUGCAGUUUGUUGUGUGAAUCAUAACCAUUUGCUUCU